CCAAGGCUCGGGUUAUGUAUGAUUUUGCUGCUGAGCCUGGCAAUAAUGAACUGACGGUUAAUGAAGGAGAAAUCAUCACAAUUACAAAUCCGGAUGUCGGUGGAGGAUGGCUGGAAGGAAGAAACAGCAAAGGAGAACGGGGGCUUGUUCCCACAGACUAUGUUGAAAUUUUGCCCAACGAUGGAAAAGACCCAUUUUCUUGUGGAAAUUCAGUGGCUGACCAGGCCUUCCUCGAUUCCCUCUCAGCAAGUACAGCUCAGGCCAAUUCGUCAGCUGCCAACAGUAACAACCAGGUCAGCAGUGGCAAUGACCCCUGGUCAGCCUGGAGUGCUUCCAAAUCUGGAAACUGGGACAGCACGGAUGGCUGGGGGGCCAAGCCAGAGGGGACCACGACCCAAAGAAACACCUCCAAUAACUGGGACACUGCCUUUGGUCACCCCCAGGCCUACCAAGGACCAGCCACCGGUGAUGAUGAUGAGUGGGACGAAGACUGGGACGACCCCAAGUCCGCUGCUCCCUACUUCAAGGAUUCAGAGUCAACAGAAGCAGGGGGUGCUCAGCGGGGCAACAGCCGAGCUGGCUCCUCAUCCAUGAAGCUGCCACUCAACAAAUUUCCUGGAUUUGCAAAACCUGGAAUGGAACAGUAUUUGUUGGCCAAGCAACUAGCAAAACCCAAAGAGAAAAUUCCUAUCAUUGUUGGAGAUUAUGGCCCAAUGUGGGUUUAUCCUACCUCUACGUUUGACUGUGUGGUAGCAGAUCCCAGGAAAGGCUCCAAAAUGUACGGUCUGAAAAGCUACAUUGAAUAUCAGUUAACACCUACUAACACUAAUCGAUCUGUAAACCACAGGUAUAAGCACUUUGACUGGUUAUAUGAACGUCUCCUGGUUAAGUUUGGGUCAGCCAUUCCAAUUCCUUCUCUCCCAGAUAAGCAAGUCACAGGUCGCUUCGAAGAAGAGUUUAUCAAAAUGCGCAUGGAGAGGCUCCAGGCGUGGAUGACCAGGAUGUGUCGUCACCCAGUAAUCUCAGAAAGUGAGCUUUUCCAGCAAUUUCUAAAUUUCCGAGAUGAAAAGGAAUGGAAAAGUGGAAAGAGGAAGGCUGAGAAAGAUGAGCUGGUGGGAGUUAUGAUAUUUUCCACCAUGGAACCAGAGGCGCCUGACUUGGACUUACUAGAAAUAGAACAGAAGUGCGACGCCGUUGGUAAAUUCACCAGAGCCAUGGACGACGGCGUGAAGGAGCUGCUGACAGUAGGGCAGGAGCACUGGAAACGGUGCACGGGACCGUUACCCAAGGAAUAUCAGAAGAUAGGAAAGGCCUUGCAGAGUUUAGCAACAGUGUUUAGUUCCAGUGGUUAUCAAGGCGAAACCGAUCUCAAUGCUGCAAUAACGGAAGCAGGAAAGACUUACGAAGAGAUUGCCGGUCUCGUAGCAGAACAGCCAAAGAAAGAUCUCCAUUUCCUCAUGGAAUGUAAUCAUGAAUAUAAAGGUUUCCUUGGCUGCUUCCCUGAUAUUAUCGGCGCCCACAAGGGAGCAAUAGAGAAAGUGAAAGAAAGUGAUAAACUGGUCGCAACUAGUAAAAUCACCCCCCAGGACAAACAGAACAUGGUGAAGCGAGUGGGCACCAUGUCUUACGCAUUGCAAGCUGAAAUGAAUCACUUCCAUAGUAACCGGAUCUAUGACUACAACAGCGUCAUCCGCCUGUACCUGGAGCAACAGGUGCAAUUCUACGAAACAAUUGCAGAAAAGCUGAGGCAGGCCCUCGGCCGCUUCCCGGUUAUGUAGAACACACCGGAACAUGAAGAGAACUCCGAAGUGCUUCUUCCUGACUUUGGGCAAUGCAAUCUUAUUUUUUUUCCCCCUUCAUCAAAAACAAAAAGGAACGAAAGAACGAAAACCAAAAAGAAAUAGAGUUGCAAAAAACUGCGUCUGUUUUAUUAACCAACCUAAAUGCAUCAGUUACGUAGGGAUAGUCAUCUUUGGUUCAUUUCCACCUCCGUUAUUUAAAACAAUGGAAAUUGUCUCUAUUUUUGGAAAGUACUUAAAGUUAUCAGAAUUUUGAAUGGAAAAUUAGGGGUUUCCCCCACUGAUAUUUUACAUAAAAUUGUAAUUUUUACGUCGUCCAUGAUCUUCUGGGUCUUACCCAAUGUCGGAUAAUUACUAAUUGCUUUCUUAAAAAUAUGAAAUAUACCAGAAUAAAAAAUAUAUAUGUUUGUA